AUGGCCGAUGCCGACGUCUCAGUGGACGCAUCGACGACCCCGCCGGAAGGUUCAUCGAGCACGCCCUCGUCCUCUUCCUCACGGCCAAGGAACUCUGGCCCUCGGAUGAAGGUCACAGGGAAGCUGGGCAAGGUGAUGGGUGAGUCGAGCGAAAUCGCUCUCACCUAUGCCAAGAUCUUCCUGCGGGAGCUCUCGCCCCAGAAUGACUUCCUAGAUACGGCAUUCAUCCACAUGAAUAUGCCAGAGGGCGCCACUCCAAAGGAUGGACCAUCUGCUGGGGUGACCAUGACCUCGGCCCUGCUCAGUAUGGCCUUAGAUCGCCCGGUGAAGCGAGACCUGGCGAUGAGCGGUGAGGUCACCCUGACGGGCAAGGUGCUGCGAGUGGGCGGCAUCAAAGAGAAGACCCUGGCUGCGAAGCGGGAGAAUGUGGAGAAUUUGGUUUUACCCAUGUCCAAUCAGGCCGACUAUUUGGAGCUGAAACCCUACUUGCGGGCAGGUUUGACCGCUCACUUUGUGGACCACUUCGAUGAUGUCUACAGAUUAGCCUUUGAGGACACGGGCGCUCCGAUGCUACCGGGCUCCCGGGGCAGCGACGUGGUCACGGUGAAGACGCCCAUCGAGGAGAUGGCGCCCCCAGCCAUGAUGCAGCAGGCCACAGAGAGCCAGCCGAGCGCGGCUACUGUGUGA